AUGCCCGGUGGUGCUGCUCUUUCCCCCACCCGGAGCAUCGAUGGCCAGCGCCUCGAGGCUCCGGUCACCAUAAAGACCUACUUGAUGUGUGCCUUCGCAGCCUUCGGUGGUAUCUUCUUCGGUUACGACUCUGGUUACAUCAGUGGUGUCCUCGGCAUGAACUACUUCAUCGAGACCUUUGAGAAACUGGAUGUUAACACUACCCCAGCUGACAAGUUCAUCAUUCCCUCGUCCCGAAAGUCCCUUAUUGUUUCUAUCCUCUCGGCUGGUACCUUCUUCGGUGCUCUGAUCGCUGGUGACCUGGCCGAUUGGUUUGGACGUCGCAUCACUAUCAUCUCGGGAUGUAUUGUCUUCAUGAUCGGUGUCGCUCUUCAGACCGCUUCCACCAGUAUCGGCCUCCUCGUUGCCGGCCGUCUUAUUGCUGGCUUUGGUGUUGGUUUUGUUUCCGCAGUCAUCAUUCUCUACAUGUCUGAGAUCGCCCCUCGCAAGGUCCGUGGUGCCAUAGUCUCUGGCUACCAGUUCUGCAUCACCCUCGGUCUUAUGCUUGCCUCUUGCGUAGACUAUGCCACAGAGCACCGCGAUGACUCCGGCUCCUACCGUAUCCCCAUUUCCAUUCAGAUUCUGUGGGCUCUCAUCCUGGCUGUCGGUCUCAUGUUCCUCCCCGAGUCCCCCCGUUACUACGUCCGCAAGGGCCAGAAGGAGAAGGCUCGCCAGGCUCUGUCCCGUGUCCGUGGCCAGCCCGUUGACUCCGAGUACAUCAGCGUUGAGUUGACUGAGAUCGAUGCCAACCUCCAAUACGAGCUGCAGGCCAUCCCCGAUACCGGCUACUUCAGCAGCUGGUUCAACUGCUUCACCGGUAGCCUUUUCAAAUCCAACAGCAACCUUCGCCGCACUGUCCUCGGUACUUCCCUGCAGAUGAUGCAGCAGUGGACUGGAGUCAACUUCGUCUUCUACUUUGGCACCACCUUCUUCAAGCAGCUUGGCACAAUCCAGAACCCCUUCCUGCUCACCAUGAUCACCACCAUUGUCAACGUCUGCGCCACCCCCAUCUCCUUCUACGUAAUUGAGAAGUUCGGUCGUCGCCCUCUGUUGAUUUGGGGUGCUGCCGGUAUGGUUAUCUGCCAGUUCAUUGUUGCCAUCAUCGGUGUCACCGACGGCUCUGACCCCAAGGCUGUCUCCGCCAUGAUCGCCUUCAUCUGCAUCUACGUGUUCUUCUUUGCCGCUACCUGGGGCCCCGGCGCCUGGGUCGUCAUCGGCGAGAUCUUCCCCCUGCCCAUCCGUUCCCGCGGUGUUGCCCUCUCUACCGCCUCCAACUGGCUGUGGAACUGCAUCAUCGGUGUCAUUACCCCCUACAUGGUCGACUCCGACCAGGGCAACCUCGGCGCGAAGGUCUUCUUCAUCUGGGGAUCCCUCUGCACCUGCGCUCUCGUCUACACCUACUUCCUCAUCCCCGAAACAAAGGGCCUCACCCUGGAGCAGGUUGACAAGAUGAUGGAGGAGACCACCCCCGCAACUCUCACAAGUGGAAGCCCCAUUCUACUUUCACUGACGACAUGCAUGCUGUGGAUGAGAAGGCCAUCAUUGGUGGCACUGUUGCCCACCAGGAGGUCUAGGCAGUCAAAAUCUGCUUAA